AUGACUGAGAAUAACCGACUAAAGUUAAAGGGUCUGAAUGAUGCGCAGAAGAUUGCUCACACUCUGACUCGCUUGGAUGAGUAUUGGUCACUCGUGAUGGCAAUGUGGGAGAAUGAUGUGCCUCGUGUACAGUACAUUCUGUCUGUUGCCUUGAAGAAGGGCUCAAGUGUUCAGCAGAUUCUCACAACCCUAGAGGAUGCAAUCACUGGAACGUAUCAUCCACGGGGCUAUAGCGGUGAUGAUCUUGAUCUUGCCACACUUGUCUAUCGACUCGGAGGACGCCAGCUUAUGUAUGCGCUCAAUCAUCACUUAGGUUUGCUGUCACUCCAUACCCUCCAAGCUCACUCAAUCUUUACAUCCAUCACACCAACAAUUGGUUCAAUUUCACCUGACCAAUUUGACGCCAACAUUAACACGCUCAUUAUCACACCACAUACCAAUGCUGUCAUCCCUCUCCAGGGACAUUCCAUCAUGAUGGAUGAGAUCGCCCUUGACGAGAGGGCAUCUCACUAUCGUCCAGCCAACUGUGUCAUUGGCCUCUGCCAUUCCCAUUCAAAUCUUAUUGAUCCUAUGCUGCAUACAUACGACUCUGCUCUGCGAAUUGCAACUAAGCUUAAUGAGGGCGAAGUUCACCUUGGCAAAGAGAUGUCUGUGAUGGGGAUUCGUGCUUUUGGAGACGACAAUCUUUUUCCUAUUCUAGCUGCACCAACAUGCAAGACAGAGAACAUAGUGACAAUGAUGGCAAUACUUUCGAUGGCUCGAGAUCGGUGGCGAGCAACUGGAGCAGAAGCACAUUUCAGUCCAAUUUUUUGCUUCGCAACGGACGGGGACUCAACGCGUCGAGGUGCUGGACACUGUUUAUUUGUCAAGACAGAACUUCCAAUGACAUCAAAGCUCUACGGUACCUUAUCGUGCAUGCCCGGUCUCAAUCUUGCGACUGGAGAUGAUGAGAUCACUCUUGAUUUUGACUACAAGCACAUAUUUAAGCAUUACGGUGUUCUCACACGAUAUCUGAUAUGGCUUCCAGGUCAGGACAAGUUUAGCAUCAUGAAACUCCUCAACCCAGAUGACCCACAAGAUGUACCCCGAGCAGUUGAACUCAUGCAAUCUAUUAUUGCCCUCUCAAAGAUUGAAACGAAUCCUCUGUUGGAUGGUGUCGCAGUCUGUGCAGAUAUGUCAGCCAUCAAGAUCUUAGGCAUCAUGCUGGAAUCCCUCCUCCUUCCAUUCAUAGAUAUCUCACUUUCACUUCAGCAACAAAUUGAGCUCAUCAGCUGCUAUUGUCACCUCACGUUCGCACUUUUCCACAUGCAUCACAGUGCUUUCAUGCCCCACAUACUCUUUUACGAUACCCAGUCAAUGUGCAAGAACAUCUGUUUCUGUGUGGCAAAGCAGCAGAAACUCGAUGGCUGA